AGUGAUGUCACUUGAGGUAGGCAGAGACGAAGCUAAAUUUUUUCGGAUUUUCAAUAUUUUUGAGAAUAUUACAGCUAUAUUUUUAUAGGAAUAAGUAACGAUCUGAUCGGAUACAACAAAAAGGACGAUAAAGCCAUGGCGACCGAAGAGAGCUUACAGAAAUCCCAAGAUAGUGAAGAAAGAUUGACAUUGUUUUAUCAACAACGAGAUCUGUGUAUGAGCACAUUUGAAAAAUGGACAGAGAGCGAGCAAGUCGAGUUUGUAGAAUAUCUGUUAUCCCGAAUGUGUCAUUACCAACACGGCCAUGUUAAUGCAUACUUAAAACCUAUGCUUCAACGAGACUUCAUUACCGCUUUACCAGCAAAAGGACUUGAUCACAUAGCAGAAAAUAUCCUAUCAUAUUUGGAUGCAAAUUCACUGUGUGCAGCAGAGGUGGUUUGUAAAGAGUGGAGAAGGGUUAUUGCGGAUGGCAUGUUGUGGAAAAAACUGAUUGAAAGGAAAGUUAGAACAGACCCAUUAUGGAGUGGACUAGCCGAGCGGCAAGGCUGGGGACUUUACUUAUUUAAAUCCAAAGCUCCAGAUCCUCCAAAUAAUGAUUAUUAUAGACGUUUAUAUCCUGCUAUCAUUAAGGAUCUAGAGACUAUAGAAACAAACUGGCGAUGUGGCCACCAUGCAUUACAUCGAAUCUACUGCCGAAGUGAAAACAGUAAAGGAGUCUACUGUCUACAGUAUGAUGACCAAAAGAUUGUUAGUGGAUUGAGAGAUAAUACUAUCAAGAUCUGGGAUAAAAAGAAUCUAGAAUGUAWCAAGGUGUUGACAGGACAUACAGGUUCUGUACUUUGUCUACAAUAUGAUGAGAAUGUGAUAGUAACUGGUUCUAGUGACUCCACUGUCAGAGUUUGGAAUGUUCACACUGGAGAGAUGUUGAAUACCCUCAUCCAUCACUGUGAAGCUGUUCUUCAUCUGAGGUUCCAGGAAGGAAUGAUGGUCACUUGUUCAAAGGAUCGUUCCAUUGCAGUAUGGGAUAUGCAGUCACCUACUGAUAUAAAUUUAAGAAGAGUAUUAGUAGGACAUCGAGCUGCUGUUAAUGUAGUAGACUUUGAUGAUAAAUACAUUGUAUCUGCAUCCGGUGACAGAACAAUUAAGGUUUGGAGUACAUCCACAUGUGAGUUUGUAAGGACGCUAAAUGGACAUAGACGAGGAAUUGCUUGCUUGCAGUAUAGAGACCGUCUUGUCGUCAGUGGCUCAUCAGACAACACGAUAAGAUUGUGGGAUAUAGAAUGUGGAGCAUGUCUAAGAGUUCUUGAGGGUCACGAGGAACUAGUCAGAUGUAUCAGAUUUGACAACAAAAGAAUCGUCAGUGGAGCAUAUGAUGGAAAAAUAAAAGUAUGGGACUUGCAAGCAGCCUUAGACCCCAGAGCACCUGCAGGAUCUCUAUGUAUACGAACACUAGUGGAACACACUGGCCGAGUAUUUCGACUACAAUUUGAUGACUUUCAAAUAGUGAGUAGCUCUCAUGAUGACACAAUCCUCAUGUGGGACUUUCUAAACUAUACCGAACCUCAAGAAACUACCCCAACACGGACAUAUACCUACGUAUCAAGAUGAUUCUGCUUCUAAUAUAUCAGAAAUAGUUUCUACAUCCCACAGAUUUUGUUACCUUUUGAUGUCUAGUUUAGCUUGAAAUAAAUUUAUUGAACUCUAACAAUAAUUCUAUGGAGCGUUUUCACUCACAGGAGAAGGCAGCCAUAUUGGUGUACCAAGCAAUAGAAACUUUCUGCACGGUUUUUUGCAUCAAAAUAUAGUUUAAUUCCAAGAGGAUAGAAAAUGCAUUGCCUCAGUACACCAACAUGGCCGCUGUGACGUCACGUGAAAAUGCUCUAUUAUUUCUAAGUCUGUUUAUACUUGUACAGAUAGCUGCAUAAAAAUAGGUUCUGUACCUUAAUAGCUUAGAAUCAAAAUGCAGAUCAGUUAUUAGGUACAAUCAGUCAUCGUUAUUCUCUCCAUGCAUUUUCUAUUGACUUACUUUUUAUGACCUGGCUUUAAAGUAGUUCUCAAUAGAACCUUGUAAAUUGGAGUAGGUCUUGGUGGACGUCAAAUGAAUCAAGGCAUCUCCAUGGCAUUCCAUAGGCACACAUCGUAAAUCAUACAAUUCCACAUUGUGCAUUUGAGAAGACUGUAAAUUUUGCAUUCAAACAGGUUUGUUCACACCAAUUUAAGUUUUUGCAGUGGACUGCAACUAAGUGUAGCAAGCAUUUCUAAAUACCCAAUUUAAACCAACUAACCUUGUUUAGUUAUUUUUUUCCUUUCCCAUGUCCUUCCUUGUUUGGCUGCCAUCUGGCCAUUGGCAGGCCACUCUUUGAAGCCCUGCUUUAUUUAGAAACAAUGCAACCCCUCAAUGGCUACACCCAGUCCGACCCACUUUUUAUUUUAUUAUUCUUCAAAAGAAACCACAGUCUUCUCAUAGGGUUUGGAACACUUUUACACAUAAAUAUUUUGUGAUAAUGUUUGUUAAAAAGGUCUCAAAAGUGGCAAUAAUUUGAAUAUAAGGAUAAAAAAUGAUCAAUUGUUGUGAAAGUGUAUCAUAGAUAGGGCAAAGAAUAAUAAUUAUUGUUGAGGUGCUUAGCAUAUUUCAAAUGUAAUUUGUGUAAUUUUUGGUUCACUUGCUUAGGGUACAAAAUCUUGACUUCUUUAUAAGGUUUCCACAAAACUUUAAGUUGUGUAAGAGAAAUAAAUUUGGAAAAAAGUAGUUUUAGGAAAGAUUUUCAAAUUUGUAAGAUUUAAAAAAUAUUUUUGUUAGCUGUCUUGAUCAUAGAAACGUUUUUGAAAAGGAUCUCUGGGUGACUUUAGUGCAAAAUGAGUUAAAAAUUGUGACAGCCCUUGGACGGAUUUUAUUUCACAUACAUAAUGUUGGAUAAUAAUUUUGUGCAAGGAAAAGUCAUUGUCAAGAUUUAGUACUUCAGUGAACAACCUUGAAGUGGAUCAAAUUUUGUUGUAUAAAUUGAAAAAGAGUUGAAACUAAAAUAGGGAAUCGGGAUUUAUAAUGAAAAGCAGUUGAAAUAGGAAUUAAACUAACGACUGCAACUAAAGGAAUACAGUCAAAAAUUGGACAGGAAAUAAAUUAAUUUGUACAUGGAUCUGUUGUCAAAUACAUAGCUGUAACUACUACUUAUUGUACAUUGAAGUGACAAUGAAAUUGUUAUCAGAUUGAAUCCAUUUACGAGGAAAAAAAUUAGGAUUGAAAUCUUAAGUCUUGGUCACUUUGUUUCAAGUCAACAAGUGCUCUUGAGGUUUCGUUUCCUGUACUCUUUGAUUAUUGCUUAACUGUUAAAAAAUAGAUAAAUCAGACUGUUGUUUUGAAACCCUUUCAUAUAAACUUCAUUUAUUAUUUCAGUUUCCCUUUCAAAAGAAAGUGGAAUCAAAUGAGUGAAUGAGAUAAAAACGUUUCCUAAAUUUUACCAGUUGUUCCCCACUAUUUUGACAUUUUUAACAUGUUGAAGCACUCCCAUAAAUUUGAAAAAACCUUCAUUAUAAUUGUGGAACAAAGUUGAUUCAGCACAUUCUAAAAUGGGUUUUCAAUAUGAUAUUUUGACUAAUAGUCCUUUUCACAGUUCCCUGCACGAUAUUGAAAGGUAGCCGUGCCUUUGCAUUGAAGUGAGACAAACGAUGAGCUUGCAAUAAUAUAGACCUUUUUUUAACAUCUUGAAAGAUUAUUAACGUUUCUAUCAUUGCAAGCUCACCGUUUGUCUUGAUUCGAUGCAAGGGCAUGGCUUUCAAGAUGGCUCAGGGAAGUGUAAAUGGGACUAUUCUCAAGUUUUACAUGUCAGAAGCAAUCAUAAUCAUAUGUUAUUAGUUGUAAGUUUUGCCACUCUUUUGCCAAUGUGUUUCAGGCAGUAAAGAUGUCCAUUGAUUGAACCAAUACUCACUUGAAAAAUUCUUGUGAACUUACCAGAGAAACUCAAGGSCUAUGCAUUUAGUGGCUUAAUUUGACAGUUCCACUAUGAUUGUUUCAUGAUUUUGUUAUACAAAGAUUUCCUUCACUCUGCCAUAGCAUGUAUAUAGUAACUGGUAUGACCAGACUGAUUAUCCAAUUUCAGGGGCCACUUAUCACCCUAAAGUUGGACAUUCAGUUUCAAAGGCAGUCGAAACCUCAAAAACUUCAAUUUUAGGAGUUUAUAACAACACUAGCGACCUAUAAAUCACUGUUAGAUGUACAUAUUUAAUCAUACAAAUGCUCCUAUUGCAUGUAUUAAUCAUAUAAACUUAUUAAUUAAAUAACUGUUAAUAUUAAUUAAUACUAAGUUUUUAAAGACAAAGUUGUUAUUUAAAAAGCAUUCACUUCACUAUAUGUUGAUAAAGAAUGGUUUUUCUACAGAUAAUAAACGUUGAAAUGCG